AUGCCACAAAGGAAAGGAUUACUUGCACCACAGAAUACCUUUUUGGAUACCAUUGCAACAAGAUUUGAUGGAACUCACAGUAAUUUUGUUCUUGGUAAUGCACAAGUACAUGAUUAUCCGAUUGUUUAUUGUUCCGAUGGAUUUGUUGAAUUGACUGGAUAUAACCGAUCACAGAUAAUGUCAAAAUGUUGUUCAUGCAGUUUUUUAUGGGGUGAAAAAACACAAGAAGAUGCAAAACAAUCCAUUUUGGAUACGUUGAAAAAUAAAGGUGAACUAAAAAUUGAAAUUCAAUUUCAUAAGAAAACAGGUGAAGCAUUUCUCUGUCUACUGGAUAUUGUUCCGAUUAAAAAUGACAAAUCACAAGUUGUACUAUUCCUUGUUUCGCACAAGGAAUUAUCACCAGAUCGACAUGGAAGAAACAAAACCAACUGUAAAGUACCUGAAUCAAGUUUAAGACUACCCUAUUUAUUAUCUGCUCAACAUGUAACAGGAGUCUCUUUAACAAACAAAUCACCAAAUCUACUUACAAUGGGACUAGCAACAACCAUCACCGCAGCAGCUUUAGGCUCAACUGGAUUUCGUAGUAAUAAAAUGUUGGAUUAUUUAAGUACAAAUAAAAGUAAACCUCAACCAAAACUUUCGCAUGAUUUAAUUGAUAGAAAUAAGCCAGUUGUACAGAAUUGUUCAGCACGUAGUUCAACUGACUCAAACAAUCCUUCUUCAAAGUAUCCAUCACCUAAGGAUAGUACUUGUAGAAAUAGUAUUGACAGAAGUUAUAUGCAUCAAAAUGAUAAGAUACAAACGUGUAGCUUGAAUAAGAACACGCCAUCAAAUGUUGUAGAUAUUGAGACUGGACCAUUAUUAACUCCAGAAUAUAAUUGCUUCAGUAAUAAUAAUAGUAGUAAUAGUAAAUCAGCAACUUCCAAUAAAUUAAUGGUUCCUGAAUCAGAUUCAUCAGAUUCUUCAACAGAUGAUUCAAGCAAUACAACAGAUGAUCCAUCAACUGCGUUUAAAUUUCAAAGACGUAGAAGUCGUGCUGUAUUGUAUCAUUUAUCUGGAAGAUUUGAUCAAAAGUCAAAACACAGACUACCAUUCAAAAAGUUUCAACGAAUCUCUGGUAAAGAAGCCAUACCUGAAUACAAAGUACAAGAUGUUCAAGCUUCAAGAUUUAUUCUACUUCAUUAUAGUUUAUUUAAAAUUAUAUGGGAUUGGAUGAUACUAUUGUGUACAUUUUAUAUUGCUAUAAUGGUACCGUAUAAUGCAGCAUUUUCUGAAGGAGGUGGUGAAAAAGAUUUAAUUAUUUGUGAUAUUAUUGUGGAAUUAUUAUUUAUAAUAGAUAUCAUACUGAAUUUUUGGACCACAUAUGUUAGCAAAAGUGGGCAAGUUGUUUAUCACUUGAAGGCUAUCGCUAUCAAUUAUUUACGUGGUUGGUUCUUUCUUGACCUACUUGCUGCUAUUCCAUUCGAGGUGACCUUGGCUGUGAAUAAUCCAGAUAUUCAAGGAACUAUUGGGGAGAUGGGUAACUGGAUUCAUUUACUUAAAUUGGCACGUUUACUACGAUUGGCAAGAUUAUUUCAAAAAAUUGAACGUUAUUCACAAUAUAGCACAGUAAUAUUGGGUCUUUUAAUGUGUAUGUUUUUUCUUGUUGCUCAUUGGUUCGCAUGUGGAUGGUAUUAUAUUGGCAAGGAGGAAUCAAUUCAAAAAUUACACGUGAAUAUAGUUGGCUUCAUGAACUAG